AUGAAGAAACUGGUGGUGUUCUUGCUUUUUCUGGUUCUUUUCACCAUCUACACAGAUGCCAACCCCAUCAUCAAGGAAAGCCUUGCCAAGCAGCUCCUGCGUAGCAAGAGACAGGAGAGGCCAAGGACACCAGGCCAUCCCGAUGAGCCCAUGAGGGAGCACAUGCUUCACAUGCAGGCUCUGGACCAGAGAGCACAGGAGACCAACUUGGAACACUGGCUCAACCCUCACUGCUACCCACGCUGUGACAGGAACUAUGGAUACCCGGUCUGA